CGGUUUGGUUUGGUUUUGUUUUGUUUUAUGCGACGAGGCUCUCUUGUUGGUGUUGCAGGGCCGGUCCCACCCAGCGCGUCCCGGCAGCCCCCCGACGGCGAUGAGUUCCCGCCACGCUACCACGACCAGGGACCACACGGCCUCGGCGCGCACCCAGCUGCGCACGAGGGCAAGGCGGCGGCCUCGCCUGCUCCGCCGUUGCCGCUGACAAACCCUCCGCCCGCAGAGAACGGCCGCGGCUGGCGCAAGGACGAGCGGUCAGAGCGUAGCGUCCGCGACAAGAUCGCCAUGUUCACGACGGCGGCCUCGGUGGCGCCCGCGCCGCCCGCGCCGACGAGCCUGACGCGCCGCCUCUCCAACAAGUUCAAGAGCACCGAGGACGUGUUCAGCAUCCUGGGCAGCGACGUGGUGGACGCGGCCGUUCCGGACGCCAAGGUGCGCUCGCGCUCCGUCGUCUCCGUGGACCGCGUGGGCAAGCCAUCGUCGCCUGACACGCCGCCCCUGUCGUCCGCCUCGUCCUCGUCGUCGGCGUACUCGUCCUUCUGCUCGCCGGAGACGUCGCUGUCGCCGACGCUCAACGCGUCGCCCUUCGAGUCCAGCUCCAGCACGCUGCCGAGGAAGAGCGGCCCCGUCGUGACGCGCGCCACUAGCUUCAGCGGCCACCCGCGGUCGGCCCCCACCACUGCGCCGACUCACAACAACAACAACAACGGGUCCAACGUGGACGAGGCGCGGCGAGCGUCCCUCAUCGCCCUGGUGGAGCAGCGGCGGCGCAGCAUCUCCAAGCUGCGCGGGCUGGUGAUCCCGGACAAGGUGCCGGACCAGGGCACGCCCGUCGUCGACCUCCCCGAAAUCAGGAGCAAGGACGCCCUGCUGAUCGCCAGCUCGCAGCAGCAGCAGCAGCAGCGCUACCACCACGACGUGGCCGCCGCAUACUACAGCCCGACCAGCCUAGCACCUGCCACGACCCCUGUGCUCAGCAGCCCACCCUGGAAGAGCCAGGGCGCGUCCAACCUCCCCAAGUACUCGCCGGCCUUCAAGAGGAAAAGCCUGACGGUGCGCAGCGUGUCCGCCACCCCCCUGCUGCCGUCCAAGCCCAGCCACGACCUCCUCAUCGGGGACCUCCCCGCCAAGACGACGCCACCUUCCUCCGCUUUCCUGUCCGACAGCGGAAGGUCCGCCGAGGAGGAGAGCGACAACGACUCAGCCGUCAGCUCCAGCAGGUCGAGCAUCUCCCACGGCUUCUCCCCGCCGGCCUCGCCGCUGCUCCCCUCGGUGGCCGUCGGACCCGUCGGCCUGCACGCCAAUGGCCGCGCCGCGGGCCCGGGUCCGGCACUCCGGAGGACUCUGUCGUCUGACACCAACGUGUCCAGCACCGCCUCGCAGGCAAGCAGCAGCAGCAGCAGCAGUACGAGCAGCACGAGCAGCAGCAGCAGCGGAAGUGGCCGGAGGAGCAGCAGCGGCAGCGGCAGCAGCUUAGACAACAACAGGAGGGUGCUCAAGGCGCAGAGCGUGGACGCCAUCAACCGGAAGAAUGUGCUGUUCUCGGCGCGCUGUCGCAGCGGGCGCAACCUGCGGACCGGGUCGCCCCUCAUGCAUCGGGAGGGCGAGCAUGCCGAGGACGACGAGGAGGCUGGCAGCGAGGACGCCUCUCCGAAGGUGAUCCUCCGUCGAGACCCGAGGGAGGAGAUAAAAGAACUGGAGAGGAUGGUGAGCAUGGCCGAUACUGAUGUCGAGUCCAACGAUGCUCUGAGCUGCGACGACAGCGUCAAUAGUUCCGAUGACACGCUGGAGCCGAGUCACGCGGGCCGAGUCCACUACCGCCCCGCGACUCUGCGGGACCUACCCGCUGCCGACGUGAAGGUGGCUUUCUUGAACGAUACCCAGAAUAUUGGCAUUGAAUUAGACCUUCGCCCAGUCAGUCCGCCACCAGCAAAAGCCAGUGGAUGCACUGAAAAGUCUCAGAAAACAUCACCUGAAAAUAAUGUGACUUUGCUCAGCAAUGUGUGCGACGAUGGCAGGAAGAUUGUUCAACCACCUCCUAUUUUACCAAAACCUUUGUCAAGGAAAAGUAGCAUUGAUGGUCACUUAAAUGGCAGUGAUACAACUGACAAUGGAAGCAUGAAUUCAUCUACUGAGAGCACGCCUCGACUCCGUAAUCUUAAGAAACGCAAUGCUUCAGACCCAUUAUUUUUGGAACGCAAUGGAAAUUCUUCUCGAAAUCCCACUGCACUCCAUGCAGUCAGCGUGAAUGACAUACGAAAGGCAUUUGAGAAAGCAGAGUUAGCCCUAUCACCUACUUCUCCAAGUCCACCCAAUGGCAAAGUUUGUUUCAAUACAAGUUUGAAUGGAGUCACUGAAAGGUUGAAUGGUUCUACUAGUUCUGGUAGCUCAACGGGUGGUAGUGUUUCCCUUGUUCCUUCCCAUGCAAGAGGAUCUUCAAUUGAUUCCACUACAAGUGAAGAUGGAUUCCCAGGUCACCUAUCCAAGGAACAAUUUGGUUCAAUCACUUCACUUGCAUCAACAACGAGUCUUAUAUCUCAACAGGAGCUUCAGCAGUUGAUUGAUGAUGCAAAUCAGACUUUGGAAGAGGCUAACAACAAUGGAACAAUUCAUCCUGGCUCAUCGCAUGAGGUCCUGGUUGUUAUUCUUCAUCGAGAAACUGCUGGUGCAAGUGUUGGCAUCACCCUGGCUGGUGGUGCUGACUAUGAGACAAAGGAAAUCACUGUUCACAAAGUCUUAAGUGGUAGUCCAGCAGAGAGAGAUGGACGUUUGCAGAAAGGAGACAGAAUUCUAUCUAUCAAUGGAAGAAAUAUGAAGGGAGUGACUCAUAGGGAAUCUUUGGCAAUUCUAAAGGCUCCACGUCCAGAAGUUGUUCUCGUGGUAUCUCGCUCUCGUGGUGAAAUUGUGAGGACUUAUGAAGAGCCUACAAAUAGUAAUACUCGAGUCAGUUCCAGGCCGCCUCGCAUUUUAGAGCAACCCAUUAUUGAUCCCAAUGACGCUGCUGUACCAAGAGGGCCCGCAGUAAACAUUAUGCUGCAGAAGGAUGGAGCAGGCCUCGGUUUCAGUCUUGAAGGAGGAAAGGAUUCUCCACUUGGUGAUAGACCACUUACUAUCAAAAAAAUAUUUACUGGUGGAUGUGCUGAGAAAAGCGGAAACCUGCAAGCUGGAGACGAGCUUCUAAGUGUAAACAACUCUGACGUCACAAAAAUGUCACGAAUUGAAGCAUGGGGCCUCAUGAAAAGACUGCCUAAUGGAAAUGUCACAUUAACUGUAAGGCAUGCAUGUGUUAAUGCAACCUCUUCAGAAAACUGAUGGCCGUUUAGAAGGCAGUUUUAAAGAAGAUCAGGGAAAUUGAUUCUGUGGAACUCGUUCUUCUAGUUAACCAGUUGUGGAUAUAAGCCAGUUGCCAUUUCUUCUUUGAAGAAAGAUGUUCGAGGCUUCAAUAGUCCUUUUCUAAGUUGAGAGCAGACACAUAAUGGUGUGAUUGCUCAUCAGCAUUUAGUAAAGGUUGCUUUGAGAGGAAAAUUAUAUACCUUUCCUUUGACUGCACAAAAAUGGGGAAUGAUGUUUCUUUGAUGGUGAAACUGUUGUGUUUUUGUAGAAUUUAUAGUUUUUCAAUUGUUGUGGUUAAAAAUCCACUUUAGAUUUGGCAUUUAUUGAAUCUACCAUAUUUUAUAACAUUGUGUAUUUUGAUGUAAAUUGUUCUCUUGUCAGAGAUUACCCUGUGAUAAUGAAAAUGACUGAAGUGUGCAGUUUUAGGUUUGACCAGGUGUCAAUGUUCAACAUGACAUGUGAUGGUCGAUUUAAUCUUGUGAAUUCUGACACCACACAUCAAUUGUUUUUCUGAAAUAGACCAGGAACAGGUCCUUUAAAUGAACUUGUUGCAUAAAAACAAUUUUUUGACUGUCUGUGUGAGUCUGCAGGAGACUGAAUCGACCAUCAGGAAUGCAUGAGCCAUACUACGUAUGAUUUCACUUUGGUAUCAGAAUCUGCAUUAGUGACUAUUUUUAGGAAUGGUUCCUCAAAAUUAAAAGUUUGAAAAUAUGAACAAUACUGGAUUAUCAUUUUUUUUUAAUGAAAUCUAGAUUAUGCAUGUCACAGUGGAUAUGGAAUGUUGAUACGUAUUGAUACCUUUAGAACUGAGAGCCCUAUAGAAGGGGAUUUUUAUAUUCCGAUUAGAAAGACUGUUUAAGAGGAUGAAGGGCUUUACAUUCAACGUAUUUUGUGAUAUAAAAUUGCAUUCUACCUAUCAGAGUUUACAGCCGACAGGUAAAUGAGAAUAACAAACAUACUAUUUCCGAGGUAACAGGUCCCAAUCAUGUUUCCACAUAAGAAAGAAGUGAGGUGUACUUUACUGUAUGCAGGAUGCAAGCCAAGAUAAUGACGCCUUACAGCUACUACAUUAUAUUUUAUCUUCAUUAUUUCCAUCACUACCUUACCAACCCAAACUCAAAAUGAUGUGAAGUAACCGCUCUCUUGCAGAUUUGUCAAAGUAGCUUUAAAUAUAAUUUACUUUUCUUGUAAAUAUACCUAAAUUAUAUUGAGGAAUGUGGCUUUUUGGACAGAUAGCUCCAAAGCUAAACUAGUAUGAUUGGUCUUUUAAGAAAAAUUUAUAGUGAGUAAACCACUUUGAUAAUUGAAUGCUUCAUUCUGCUCCUGUUCAGUAAUGGGUUUAAGUAUAGCUAUGAUGUUCAAAAAAGUGAGUUGUCACCAAUUCAAUCACUCUUUUUAAAUUACUAUUUUAGCUUUGGAACUACAGAUGAAUCCUUUAUUAUCACCUUCUCCUCAAGAAAAGGUAUGUUUGCCUUCCUAACACAACGACUGUAUGGGGCUUUCUUAGACCAGUAAACAAAUGCCUGAUCAUUUUAACUGGUAUUAUAUUAUCAGAAAAAACUGAAAUCAACUUGCCCAUUUUAAAAGUUAAAAGGAACAUAAAUUUGUCCUGAAUAUGUUAACUCUUACAGUUAACUGUUCCUCAUCUUUUACCAGGUUUUCACCUAAGGCAAGUCAACUGUCACUAGGCAGUAUGUAAACCAUCCUGUAUAUAUGAUCAAAACUGUGAAUAUUAAAUCAGUGUAACAAUUGUCAUACUUCCCAUAACAUGUAUGAGAAUAGAGAAAUAUAUAAAUUUUAAGUUAUUGGCCAA